AUGGGCAUUGUUUUCAGGGACCUAAAGCCUGAGAAUAUUUUGAUACAACAUUCUGGUCACGUGACUCUUACAGACUUUGAUCUUUCUCGUACGUUAAUGAGAAAAACGGUAAUGAAUCUUGUCUCUAAAGCUGCGGCGACCAGCUGUAAUAAUGUAAUCACCGUCAGCAAAAUUGAACAGCAACCUCAAAAGAAGCAACUGCAACAUAGAAGGAACUUGACGAGGUGGUGGUUUGUUAAUGAUAUUCAACAAAAAAAGAACGGGUUAAAGAAGGCGAAAUCUGCACGAGUUAGCCCAGUGAGUCGGAGAAAACUGAGUUUCAACAAUGGAGAACGAUCCAACUCGUUCGUGGGCACAGAGGAAUACGUCUCGCCGGAGGUUGUAAGAGGGGAUGGACACGAGUUCGCUGUUGAUUGGUGGGCUCUUGGCAUUUUGAGUUACGAGAUGCUAUACGGAACGACGCCGUUUAAAGGGAAGAACCGGAAGGAAACGUUCCGAAACGUUUUGAUGAAGAAGCCGGAGUUAAUCGGGAAACGAAAUGAGUUAACGGACUUGAUUGAACGGCUGUUAGAGAAGGACCCCACACAACGGUUGGGGUACCAACGUGGAGCUUGUGAGAUCAAGGAGCAUGCAUUUUUCAAAGGCGUUAAGUGGGACCUACUAACGGAAGUCUUAAGACCGCCUUUUAUUCCGUCAAGAGAGGACGGAGAGUUAACGGAAAAGGUAACGGCAGGUGGGGUGGAUAUUAGGGAGUAUUUUGAAGAUUUAAGGGCGCCACCUCCGUCAAUGCCUCCGUCACCCUCUUCGGAUUAUCGUAGGAAUUUGUCGGAAUUCUAA